GUAACGGCUACUAACCGGGUUGAUACAGAUGAUUCCUUCACAAACAAAGCGCGUGUGGACACCAGGCACGAGAACGUGAGCGAGGCUCGAAUCAAUAGCGGAAAGUGUUUACCUCGUCUGUGAGACACGGUAUAGACACGCGCAGAGGCGAGGGAAGGAAGGAAGGGAGGAAAGGGGGUGAGAAGGAGGAAAGACAGACAGUGGUGAACAAUCGGUGGGUGUAUCUUAGCUCGAGGAACAGAAGGAGCGGAGAGGAGGUCGGAUAAAACGAUAAACGUUGCCCUUUUUUGUUGUUGUACAUUUUAAAGAUGGGGGAGUGAAAGAGCGUGUGCGCCCGUCGUGUCAUAACGCAUCCACCGACUAGCCCAAGACAAGCGCGCCACCGUCCGUCCAUGGCGUAAAAAACAGGGGGUAAGUCUACAUAAAUAUAACUGAAAUAAUUAAAUAAUUCGCUGUGGCGAGAAGAGCGUCAUCCGCAGUGUGUCUCUCUCUCCUUGCACCACCUAAGUGCAGCGGAGACAGAAGAGAGACGAGGAUACAGCAGGGAGGGGAGAGAGAGAGAGAGAGACCACUUCCCUUACCGAAUCAAGGAGAGAGGAGACGCUUCUUGCAGACAGAAAAAAACGGGAAUAUAGCUAACGCAUCUGUGACCAACCGGCACUGCGAAGGUUUUGGAGGUGUUUUUAACGGUGAGCAGGGAUUCGGUGUUGCAGCGGCCUACCUGAAGAACCGCACAUGUCGGCACGUUCGAGCACCCCAUCUCCAUCCCCGCCCUGCGCGGAGCCCUAUUCGGUCUGAAACGGCAGGGCCAGGCAGUUUUUUUUUCCCGAAUAACGGAACCGUUCACGGAACCGGGGAACAGUGAUGCGUUAUCGAAGCGGAAUCAGAUCGACGAUUUUAUGAUAUGAGUCUGUUAUGACCUAAUCAGUUCAUGAUUUAUUAUUCAUUGAUGUGGACGGACCAAUCAAACGACUGAUUUUAUGGAUUCGUGUUGUUGACGUUUUCUUGAAUGGAAUGAUUCCAAUCACCUCCGGUAGACCUGCUUUCUCGGUGUGAUGUGCUUUAUGUAAGGAUCCAUAGGCUAUAGGCUAGGCUAUAUCCAUGACAGAAAUAUAUAAAUAAAUACCAAAUUUAGGCCGAUGACAGGCUGAUGACGCCAAUACGGCAAAGCAACCCUCACAGUUGUAACCUAAAUAAUCCACGUGCUUCUUCAUGUCUAUCAAUAGAUACAAGGAUCAUUUCCGUUAGAUCAAUGCGUUUGUCUUUGUCUGUGUAAAAAUAUGUUUCGUUAUUUCAAAAAGGACUGGAGCAACGUUUUUUUCCUCCCUCCGCUGUAUUGAGACGGUAUAGGCAGCAGACAGGCAGUCACAAGGUGCGAAACGAAUUGAACUUCAAGCAACAGCAGAACGAACACACACACACAGCCUAUUUAUUUUACCGUCCUGUCCUUUAACCUUCCACCCAUCCAUCUCUGGACUGCAGCACUCCGUCUCUAUCCCUCCCUCCUUCCUCCCUCCUUCCUCCCUCCUCUAUCUAAUUCCUCACCCAAUGUUCUAUUCCCAGGUGAUUCAUUUUGAUUUAAAAAAAAAAAAACGUAUUGGGUGUAUCUAUAAGGGAUAAAAAAGAAAAGAAACGGUUUUUCGCCUCCAUCCUGUACACCUCUCCUUCACUAUAAUAUCAUUGGUGCAUCUGGUCACACACCACACACACACACCGGCCGCUCGCUAACACGGCACGGCAACGAUGGAGACGACUAAACUACCCCCGACCAGCCCUUCCUCCCCGACCACCGGGUUCUCGGUCCCGUCAGCGGAGAAGGUGGAUGGGUUUCCCCGGCGGUCGAUGCGCAGAGCCCGGCAGAGGCGCUCCCACUCCUCGUCCCAGUUCCGCUACCAGAGCUCCCAAGUCGAGCUGACGCCGCUGCCGCUUCUCAAAGAUGCCCCAGUGGCAGAGCUCCAUAACCUGUUCUGUAAGAAGCUGCAGCAGUGCUGCGUCCUCUUUGACUUCCUGGACUGUGUGGCCGACCUCAAGGGGAAGGAGAUCAAACGAGCUGCGCUCAACGAGCUGGUGGAGUCUGUUGCUACCAGCAGAGGAGUUCUGAUAGAGCCACUCUACCCAGAGGCUAUUAAGAUGAUCUCAGUGAAUAUCUUCAGGACGUUACCUCCCAGUGAGAACCCAGAGUUUGACCCGGAGGAAGAUGAACCCACUCUAGAGGCCUCCUGGCCACACCUACAGCUGGUGUAUGAGUUCUUUCUGCGUUUCCUGGAGAGCCCAGACUUUCAGCCCUCCAUGGCCAAACGCUACGUCGACCAGAAGUUUGUUCUACAGCUGUUAGAGUUGUUUGACAGUGAGGAUCCCAGGGAGAGAGAAUAUCUUAAGACCAUCCUGCAUCGUGUCUACGGCAAACUGCUGGGUCUGCGGGCAUACAUACGGAAACAGAUCAACAACAUCUUCCUCAGGUUCAUCUAUGAGACUGAGCACUUCAACGGAGUGGCAGAGCUACUGGAGAUUCUGGGCAGCAUUAUAAACGGGUUUGCUCUGCCCCUGAAGUCGGAACACAAGCAGUUCCUGGUUCGAGUCCUGAUCCCUCUACACACAGCCAAGUCCCUGUCCAUCUUCCAUGCACAGCUGGCAUACUGUGUGGUCCAGUUCAUGGAGAAAGAUGCCACGGUCACAGAAUACAUCAUACGAGGGCUGCUCAAGUACUGGCCCAAAACCUGCACCCAGAAAGAGGUGAUGUUCCUAGGGGAGAUAGAAGAAAUACUGGAUGUGAUUGAGCCGUCUCAGUUUAUCCGUGUUCAGGAGCCUCUCUUCAAACAGAUCACUGCCUGCAUCUCAAGUCCACACUUCCAGGUAGCAGAGAGGGCUCUGUACUUCUGGAACAAUGAGUACAUCCUGUCUUUGAUAGAGGAGAACAGUCAGGUGAUUCUACCUCUGGUCUUCACUACACUCUACAGAGUCUCCAAGGAGCACUGGAACCAGACAAUAGUCUCUCUAAUCUACAAUGUUCUGAAGACCUUUAUGGAGAUGAACAGCAAGCUGUUUGAUGACCUCACUGCCUCUUACAAAGUGGACAAACAGAAGGAGUUGAAGAGGGAGCGUGAGCGUGCAGAGCUGUGGCGGGGGUUGGAGGAGCAGAAGGAGAGGAGGCUGCUGACCCUGGGGGAGACCAGUCGUAAUCAGAAGAACCUCCAGGAAAGAGGGGAGCCUCCUCAGCCCUCCUCCCCACAGACGGCACUCCCUAAGCAGCCAGACCUCAAGCCCAGUGGACCUUCCUCCACCACCUAGAGCCAGACAGAGAAUCAGUACCAGAGCCACAGAGUACAGAACAUACUGAGACAGUUAGUACACACACACACACACACACACACACACACACACACACACACACACACACACACACACACACACACACACACACACACACACACACAGAUAACUUACACAUAGCCACACACAGGCAUAACGUAUACUGUAUACACACACUCAUGCAAAGCGUUCAUAAAUACAAAAUAUGAAUCGACUCACACACACACACAAACACACACUGAAUACACAGCCUGAAUACACAGCCUGAAUACAUAGACUGAAUACACAGACUGAAUACACAGACUGAAUACACACACUGAAUACACACACUGAAUACACAGACUGAAUACACAGACUGAAUCAACAGACUGAAUACACAGACUGAAUACACAGACUGAAUACACAGACUGAAUACAUAGACUGAAUACCCAUACUGAAUACAUAGACUGAAUACACAGACUGAAUACACAACCUGAAUACACAGCCUGAAUACACACACUGAAUACAUAGACUGAAUACACCGACUGAAUACACAGACUGAAUACACAGACUGAAUCAACAGACUGAAUACACAGACUGAAUACACAUACUGAAUACAUAGACUGAAUACACAGACUGAAUACACACACUGAAUACACACACUGAAUACACACACUGAAUACACAGACUGAAUACAUAGACUGAAUACACACACUGAAUACACAGACUGAAUACACAGACUGAAUACAUAGACUGAAUACACAGACUGAAUACAUAGACUGAAUACAUAGACUGAAUUACACAGACUGAAUACAUAGACUGAAUACACAGCCUGAAUACAUAGACUGAAUACACAGCCUGAAUACAUAGACUGAAUACAUAGACUGAAUACACAGCCUGAAUACAUAGACUGAAUACACUGCCUGAAUACAUAGACUGAAUACAUAGACUGAAUACACAGCCUGAAUACAUAGACUGAAUACACAGCCUGAAUACACACACUGAAUACAUAGACUGAAUUACACAAGCAGCCCUGUACAUAAGUGGUUCCCAACAUUUUUUUAACUGAGGCACACCUUGAUUCUGCACUUACAAUCUUCUAUUUAUUUGUAUAUUGGUAAUGACCUCCAUCUCAUCUGACCCAUACAGCAAAAUCAUCUAUUUCCUGUGACAAACGUUUAUUAUCGAUUAAAUCGUUUUUUUGUUUGUUAACUAUUUUCAUAGUUCCUUACUCAUGAUGAUUCAUUUGUGUGUACCCCUUUAAGUGUUUCCCGCGAAUUCACGCACUAUAAGAAAAAAAUGUAGCUAAAAUAGGUGUUUAUUUUUUAACAGACAUCCGUUUUUCUUUUUUUCUGUCGUUUAUUAAGGUGCAACCACGGACACAAAGCCAUCCAUGCUCCGUUUGUUUAUAUGGUACAG